AUGCCCCAAACAGCAGACUCCACCAGAACCACAACCUCCGCCGAAGCCGCAGACGAAGCAACACCACUCCUCGGCGCUCCAGAAUCCGGCCCAGUACGGUCAGGAAAUGGCCACGCUUAUCCUCCAGACGCCACUGGCAAACCCCAUCCAUCUUCAGAAGAAGCCGAAGAAGAGCCCAUGCCAUACACCCAAAUCCUCCUCCUCUGCUACGCCUCCCUCGCCGAACCCGUCGCCUACUUCGCCAUCUUCCCCUUCGUCAACGAAUUCAUCUCCAUCGCCGGUGGGAUCCCGGAGGAAAACGUCGGCUUCUGGUCUGGAAUGAUUGAGUCCCUGUUCAGUCUCGUCCAAAUGGUCUUGAUGAUCUUCUAUGGUCGCCUGGCGGAUCGGGUUGGACGGAAGCCGGUGCUGGUGUUUUCGUUGGCCGGCGUGAGUCUGGCCACGGCGUUGUUUGGGAUGGCGCAGAAUUCGGGCCAGAUGAUUAUGUUUCGAUGUCUGGCGGGCGUGUUUGCGGGGAGUGUGGUGACGAUUAGGACGAUGUUGAGUGAGAAUACGAACAAGGCGACGCAGGGGAGGGCGUUUAGUUGGUAUAUGUUUACCAGGAAUUUGGGGAUUUUGAUUGGGCCUUUGGUUGGUGGCGCUCUGGCAAACCCAGCAAAGCAAUACCCAGGCACGUUCGGCCACAUCCGCUUCUUCCACGACUACCCUUACGCCCUGGCCACUUACAUCGCUGGUACAGUAUGCCUAUCAAGCACCCUAGCAACCCUCUUCUUCGUCAAAGAAACCCUUCGAAAGAACGACCCUUCAGGUUCCAAGACCGAGCCCCCCAUGUCAACCUGGGACGUCCUCAAAUCCCCCGGCGUCCCCAUAGUCCUCUACAUCUUCGGCCACACCAUGCUCCUAGCCCUGGCCUACACCGCCGUCUCCCCCGUCUUCCUCUUUACAUCCGUCGAGAAAGGCGGCUUCAACUUCAGCCCACAGUAUAUAUCUUACUUCCUCGCUUUGGCUGGAGCCUCGCAAGCUGGCUGGAUGCUUCUCGCUUUCCCACCGCUCCAACGACGUCUAGGCACUGGGUCUCUUCUGCGCUUAUGUGCGGCUGGCUGGCCAUUUUUCAUGGCCGCGUUUCCAUUAGAGAAUGAACUCCUCCGCCAUGGCCUCAACACAGCGUUCUGGAUCAUUCUACCCAUUGGCCUUGUCAUUGGAUCUGGCGUGUCGAUGGCGUUUGCGUGCGUGCAGCUUUGUCUCAAUGAUAUCUCCCCGAGCCCGCAUGUGUUGGCGACUGUCAAUGCGCUGGCACUUACCGUUAACAGCGGCGUGAGGGCGGUGGCGCCAGCGGCGUUUACGAGUCUUUACGCGGUGGGUGUCAAGUCGGGAUGGGCUGAUGGGCACGCUAUCUGGUUCUUACUGGUGGCGCUGGCGCUGAUGGCUAAUGUUAUUGUGAGGUUCAUACCGGAGAGCGCGGAGGGUCGGCCGGAGCAGAGGAGGAAGGCGAGUGAUGGAGAUGAGGAAGACGAUGGGGUGGUGAGGUGA